AUGGCCAUCUCCCGCAAGCUCUCCGCGAUGAGCGACGAGCAGCGCGACGUGCGCCGCUACGUCAAGCUCGCCUACUUUGCGAUGGCUGCCUGCGGCCUCGCGGCCUUCGCCUACCUGGGCGGCGAGUCGGACGCGCACCUCGCCUCGGAGGGCGCACCUCAUCGCCGCCGUCUCGGAGGGGGCGGGCCCGUCGUCGGCUGGGGCAAACCCGGGGGCAAGCUCAAGCUUGACUGCCACUACAUGAACCCGUUGUACAACUACUCGGACUCCGCCCCGGCUCCCGACCACUACCGCCAGCUGGCAGAGGAGGGCGGCUUCCCGGAGGUGGAGGGCGGCAAGGGCUUGCCGGAUAACGCGCCGCCCUGCCCGCCCGCGCCGCCCUACAAGGUCCACUCUUGCCAGGUCCUCUACUGGGACCUGACCGACUUUGACACGAGCGGCGGCGUCGCCGUCUGGCUCUUCAUCAUGUUCUACUGCUUCGUCGGCAUCGCCAUCGUCUGCGACGACUUCUUCGUCGAGGCGAUCGAGGAGGUGGUCGAGGUGCUCAAGAUUCCCGAGGACGUCGCCGGCGCAACCUUCAUGGCGGUCGGGUCGUCGGCGCCCGAGUUCUUCACGGUGAUCAUCGCCACGAUGGUGACCGAGUCGGACGAGGGCAUCGGCGACAUCGUCGGCGCCGCCGUCUUCAACUCGAUGACCAUCAUCUUUGUCUGCCUUGGCUUUUUGUGGAUGCUCUGGAACAUCGCCGAAGGCCCCUACGAGGCGAACGCGCUGAAGGGCAACCUCUGGUUCCCCAUCAUGAUUGUGCUCGUCUACUCGGGCUUCCUGCUCAUCGCCUUCAUCGUCUCGCGGUGGCAGCUCACCAAGAAGCUCGGCUUCUCGCUCAUCUUCCUGCACAUGACCUUCAUCGCCCUCACGCUGCUCACCAACUCGAUCGGCGGAAAGGAGCCCGUCCUGCUCCUGCCCAACACGCCCGGCUGGUCGGACGGGCGCUGA